AUGUUUAUAUUUGGUUCCAGCAUAUCUGCCCUAAAAAAAAGAUCAAAAUUUGAUGUCAGUAUUUUCCUUGGAUACUGCAUAGCGAAAAAGAAGCGGCAUGUUUAUGAGAGGGUUUUGAGCGAGAAAGGACUUGCCGAGUCAGACUCCGAUGAGGACGCUGCAGAAUGGGUAGCAAAAUUAAAGAAACAAGAGGAGGAAAAGAAACGAGCUGAAGAAAGGGCCAAGUUGUUGGAUGAGAUGGAUGAGGAGUUUGGAGUGAAUAGCAUCAUUGCAGAUGAAGAGGCAAAACGGGCGAAGAAAAAGUUGAGGCAGGAUGCCAAACGAAACAUCAGAAGUUCCGGAACCGGUGGUUUAGUCGUUGGACAUGCAAAAGAAGCGUUCGCAGGCGUUUCGGAUCAUAUACUCGUCCUUGAAGACAAA